AUGUCGAAUUUGUCGAAGCUUGAGUUUGUGGCACUUGAUAUCUCUGGAAAGAAUUACCUAUCAUGGGUACUCGAUGCUGAAAUUCACCUAGACGCCAGAGGUCUUGGUGCCACGAUUACCCAGGAUAAUACAGAAUCGAGUCAGGACAAAGCGAAGGCAAUGAUUUUCCUUCGUCAUCAUCUGGAUGAAGGAUUGAAUGUUGAAUACCUGACAGUGAAAGAUCCACUUGAAUUGUGGACUGGUUUAAAGGAAAGGUAUGACCACAUUAAGAUAACUGUAUUGCCCAGGGCUCGUUAUAAGUGGAUUCACUUACGGUUACAGGAUUUUAAAACUGUAUGUGAUUAUAACUCUGUUGUUUAUAGAAUUACUUCCCAAUUGAAAUUAUGUGAGGAUAAUAUAACUGACGAGGAUAUGUUGGAAAAGACUCUUACGACUUUUCAUACCUCCAAUAUGGUAUUACAACAGCAGUACCAUGAAAGGGGUUUUAAAAAGCAUGUCGAUUUGAUCUCAUGUCUUCUUGUGGCUGAGCAGCAUAAUACCCUUUUAUUGAAAAAUCAUGAAACUCGUCCCACUGGAACUGCUCCAUUCCCAGAAGUGAAUGUGGUAGCAACACAUGGCCCAGUCGAAAGAAGACAAAAUAAUCAGGGCCAUAAUUAUGAACGUGGGCAUUGCAGGGGCAAGGGAUGA